AUGGAAGAGAGUAUCGUGGAGGAGUGGCUUCGCUCCCUCCACCUGGGACAAUAUGCAGAUUCCUUCGUCGAGAACGGAUACGACGAUUUGGAAAUCUGCAAGCAGAUCGGUGAGCCAGAUCUGGAUGCCAUCGGUGUCUUCAGUGCCAACCACCGAUCUCGGAUUCUGGAAGCCGUGAAAUCCUUGCGUGAAGACGGGGCUGCUUCCGUCUACUUCACUUUGGAGGAAGUGUUUCACGAUCAGUGCAAUGUGACCAACGCGGGGCGGCAAAGCAAUCGGUCGUCGAGGUCCUCGCGAAGCCGAUCGUCGCGGGGAUCCGUGAACAAGAGUCAUCACGGGGAUCGCAGUCUUGUGAAAAUACCGCGAAAUCAGAUUCAACAGGCCAUCAGAGAGAAACUGAUAACCGACGGGAUCCGACUCGGGAGUCCCCCUUAUACGAAUACGCUCAUGGAAAGAAUCGAAGAAGCUAGUUUGUCCGGAUGCAACACCCCUUUUACAUCCCUUGAUGAACUGAAGGCUCGAUUCGAGGAAGUGUGGCCUCUCGUCGAUGGCAACACGAUGAGGAAGUCGAUCAACCGAUGGGAACAGCGCGUGCGAGCAGUCGUGGACCAGAAUGAAGGACCCAUCAAACAGAAAAUCAUGGAGACUGAGGACCCUGCAUGCCUUCAGGUGAACAGCCAGGACGAGAACGGCGUGUUGAUGGGGCGGUGGAACGGUAACUACGACGACGGCGUGGCUCCCAGUCAGUGGACGGGUAGCAUCCGCAUCUUGGAGGAGUAUAUGCUGUCUGGGGGUCAACCGGUCAAGUACGGCCAAUGUUGGGUCUUCUCCGGGGUGACCACCACGGUGUGCAGGGCGCUGGGGAUCCCGUGCCGAUGCGUGACCAACUUCGUCUCGGCCCACGACACCGACGCCACCCUGAGCAUCGACAGGUACUACGACGCGUCCGGGGACGUGAUCGAAGGAGGGCCGAACGGGGAGUGCUUCGACUCCGUCUGGAACUUCCACGUGUGGAACGACGCCUGGAUGGCGCGGCCGGACCUCCCACCGGGCUACGGCGGGUGGCAGGCCUUCGACGCCACGCCGCAGGAGGUCAGCGAAGGGAAAUCCCAGUGCGGACCAGCAUCCCUGGUAGCGAUUCGGAACGGGGAGGUCGGUUUCGCCUACGACACGCCGUUCGUCUACUCGGAGGUGAACGCGGAUAUGAACCAUUGGCACGAAGAUCCGGAGUCUCCGUGGGGCUUCUCGCUUCGGCAGACUCAAGCCUAUGGAAUCGGUCGGGCGGUCAUCACGAAGCGUCCGGGACAGUACGACGACCAAGGAGACGGAGACGCCGAGGACAUCACCAGCCAAUACAAGAACACGGAAGGCACGAAGGAGGAGCGGGAGGUCAUGAUGAACGCCGUGAGGAUCCUGAAGCCGUCCUUCCCUCACGGAGACCAGAGCGGGGAGGAGACUGCGAAGGACGUCCUCUUCGACCUCGUGGAGCUGGAUCGCAUCUUCGUCGGGGAGUCCUUUAGCGUCACCGUCCACUUCCGGAACGAGAGCGAGGAAGUGAGGACGGUGUUAAUCUCUCUGUCGACCAACUCCAUCCAAUACACGGGGGUCUUCGCAAAAUCGGUGAAGAAGAUCCAACAGGAGUACACCCUCGAACCCGGACAGGAGGAGGAGCUUUCCCUGAGUGUUCAACCGGAAGACUACAUGGAUCGCCUCGUGGAGUACGGCAUGAUGAAGAUGUACGCCACGGCGAGCAUCAAGGAGACCAAGCAGACUUGGAGCGAGGAGGACGACUUCGUCAUCGAGAAGCCGAAGCUCCAAAUCCAGGUUAACGAGGGGGCAGUGGUCAACCAGGAGGUGGAAGUGACCUUCUCUUUCAAGAACCCAUUGGACACUCCUCUCACGCUCUGCAAGUUCAGCCUCGAAGGGCCAGGCCUUCAGAGACCCAAAAUCUUGGAGUUCAGGGAUGUGGAGAGGGAGGAAGAGAUCACCCACGUGGAGAAAUUCGUUCCCCUGCAUCCCGGUAACAGGAAAAUUGUGGCGACGUUUUCUUCCAAGCAACUCAUAGAGAUCACCGGGAUGGCCUCUGUCACCGUCGACGAACAAUAACGGAGAUCGUCGGUACAUCCGCAGACGGACUCGCUCUCAUUUUAUUCCCCUUCCUCGACUUUUCGUAGUACGCAUUCCCU